AUGCUCUCUGUUCGCCUGCCUGCUGUCCGCGCCACUGCGCGCACUUUCGCCACCUCGGCUCGCGCCGGCACCAACAUCCCCGUCCGCGCCGUCGAGGCAGAGGGCCGCGCCCAGGUCCCCGCCGAGCGGCCACAGGGCGCCAUCACCCAGGCCGGCGUCGUCAGUGGUGCUCCCGACGAGAUGCACCGCCGCCCCGUUCGCAUCUACCGUCCCGCGCCGCCCUCGACCUCGUCCGCAAAGACGACCUCGCACCACUGGCGCAUCGACUGGGACAUCCUCCAGGGCGCCGGCCGCUGGGAGAACCCGCUCAUGGGCUGGGCUAGCUCCGGCGACUACGUCCAGGGCACCCACCUCAAGUUCAACACGGAGGAGGACGCCGUCCACUUUGCCGAGAAGCAGGGCUGGGAGUACUACGUCCAGCGGCCCAACGUGCAGAAGUUUGUCCCCAAGAGCUACGCCAACAACUACGACUACACGUCGAAGCCGCUGCGCAUCCACCACACG